GCGAGAAACUAGUGCGAAGCUAAAACUAGAGAGAGAAGGGAGAAGGAAGGGAGGAGAGGAGAGAGAGGGGGCCGUAGGCGUGCCGUGUAUAUUUGGCCGCGAGGAUUAGCUCGGGGAGCCUCCCGAUCUACUGGUCUCCGGAGCAAAAAUCUCUUCGCAGGGAUUUGCUGCUUUGGAGGCGUUGAUCUGCGGAGGGGUUUUAGAUCUCGGAGGAGGACGGAGGCAUGUCUUCGCUCAGCAGGGAGCUCGUGUUCCUGAUCCUCCAGUUCCUGGACGAAGAGAAAUUCAGGGAGACUGUUCACAAGUUGGAGCAGGAGUCGGGGUUCUUCUUCAACAUGAGGUACUUCGAGGAUUUGGUUACGAACGGGGAGUGGGAUGAUGUGGAGAAGUACCUAUCUGGGUUCACGAAGGUAGACGAUAAUAGAUACUCCAUGAAGAUUUUCUUCGAGAUUCGGAAGCAGAAGUAUCUCGAAGCUCUGGACAAGAGGGAUCGUGCUAAAGCCGUGGAAAUUUUAGUUAAGGACUUGAAAGUAUUUGCUGCAUUCAAUGAGGAUUUGUUCAAGGAAAUUACGCAGUUGCUGACGUUGGAGAACUUUAGGGAGAACGAGCAACUAUCAAAGUAUGGUGAUACCAAGUCAGCUCGGAGUAUAAUGUUGGCUGAACUGAAAAAGUUGAUAGAGGCUAACCCCCUGUUUCGUGAUAAGCUUCAAUUUCCCACAUUGAAAAACUCAAGAUUACGCACAUUAAUAAAUCAGAGUUUAAAUUGGCAGCAUCAGCUAUGCAAGAAUCCUAGGCCUAACCCUGACAUAAAGACUCUAUUUGUAGACCACACUUGUGGACAACCAAAUGGUGCUCGUGCGCCAUCCCCUGUUACUAAUCCUUUAAUGGGUGCCGUCCCCAAACCAGGGGCCUUCCCGCCGUUGGCUGCUCAUGCUCCCUUCCAGCCUGCUCCGGCUGCUCUUCCAACGACUCUUGCAGGAUGGAUGGCAAAUCCAAACCCCGUACCUCACCCCUCAGCAUCUGCUGGACCGAUAGGUUUGACCGCACAAAAUAAUACAGCUAUCUUAAAGCGUCCCAGGACUCCUCCUACUAACAACUCAGCCAUGGACUACCAAACAGCAGAUUCUGAACAUGUUUUGAAGAGAUCAAGACCUUUUGGAAUCUCAGAUGAAGUGAAUAAUUUGCCGGUAAACAUUAUGCCUGUCACAUACAACAGCCAGAGCCACGGUCAGAGUUCUUAUUCUUCAGAUGACUUGCCCAGAAAUGUAGUCACGACCCUAAAUCAAGGUUCACCUGUUAGGAGCAUGGAUUUCCAUCCAGUGCAACAAAUUCUGCUGCUCGUGGGAACAAAUAUGGGUGAUAUCAUGGUAUGGGAGGUAGGCAGCCGUGCAAGGAUUGCUCUAAAACAUUUCAAGGUUUGGGAUCAAGGAGCAUGUUCAGUGACGCUGCAGGCAUCUCUGGCCAAUGAUUAUACAGCAUCAGUUAACCGUGUAAUGUGGAGUCCCGAUGGAACCCUUUUCGGUGUUGCUUAUUCCAAACACAUGGUGCACAUAUACUCAUAUCAUGGUGGUGAUGACAUAAGGAACCACCUUGAGAUCGAGGCUCAUGUUGGAAGUGUUAAUGAUCUUGCCUUUUCAUAUCCAAACAAACAGUUAUGUGUUGUUACCUGUGGAGAGGACAGGUCAAUUAAGGUAUGGGAUGCAGUGACUGGGGCUAAGCAAUUCAGUUUCGAGGGUCAUGAAGCACCUGUAUAUUCCAUAUGUCCACACCACAAAGAAAAUAUUCAGUUCAUCUUCUCAACAGCAACGGAUGGAAAAAUUAAGGCUUGGCUUUAUGACAAUGUGGGGUCAAGAGUUGACUACGAUGCGCCGGGACACUCUUCUACCAUGAUGGCAUACAGUGCUGAUGGAACAAGGUUGUUCUCGUGUGGGACCAAUAAAGAAGGAGAGUCAUACUUGGUUGAAUGGAAUGAAAGUGAGGGGGCUGUCAAGCGUACGUAUCAUGGACUUGGAAAGAGAUCUGGUGGGGUUGUGCAGUUUGAUACCACCAAAAACAGAUUUUUGGCUGCUGGUGACGAGUUCAUGGUCAAAUUUUGGGAUAUGGACAAUAACAAUAUUUUGACAAGUAUCGAUGCUGAGGGUGGAUUGCCGGCUUCACCUUGUAUUAGAUUUAACAAGGAAGGAAUUCUAUUAGCCGUCUCAACAAGUGACAAUAGCAUCAAAAUUUUAGCAAAUGCUGAUGGGAUUAGGCUGCUAAGAACUGUGGAAAAUCGGCCUUUUGAUGCUUCUAGAGUCACUCCUGGACCUCUUGUGAAGCCACCAGCAAUCACAGCAUUUGGUUCUGGCAAUGCUACUGUUGGGGCAAGCCUGGGUGAUAGAGGUGCUCCAGUGGCAGCAAUGGUUGGUAUGAACAGUGAGAUCAUGGCCGAUGUAAAGCCCAAAUUUGCCGAUGAGUCAGGAGACAAAUCACGGAUUUGGAAACUGACAGAAAUCAAUGAACCAUCACAAUGCCGGUCCAUAAAACUACCUGAUAACUUAACAGCUAUGAGGGUCUCGAGAUUAAUCUAUACAAACUCGGGUCUUGCCAUUCUGGCUUUAUCAUCGAAUGCUGUACACAAGCUCUGGAAAUGGCAAAAAAGUGAUCGGAACUUAGCUGGCAAGGCUACAACUAGUGUAGGACCACAUUUAUGGCAACCUCCUAGUGGGAUUUUGAUGACCAAUGACAUAAGUGAUACAAAUCCUGAAGACGCAGUUCCAUGCUUUGCACUGUCAAAGAACGAUUCUUAUGUAAUGUCAGCAUCAGGGGGGAAGAUCUCUUUGUUCAAUAUGAUGACUUUUAAGACGAUGACAACAUUUAUGCCCCCACCACCGGCAGCAACAUUUCUGGCGUUCCAUCCUCAGGACAAUAACAUUAUUGCAAUAGGAAUGGAGGACUCCUCUAUUCAAAUUUACAAUGUUCGAGUUGAUGAGGUCAAGACAAAACUAAAAGGACAUCAGAAAAGAAUUACAGGCCUCGCCUUCUCUAAUGUCUUGAAUGUUCUUGUGUCUUCUGGCGCUGACUCUCAGUUGUGUGUUUGGAACACUGAUGGAUGGGAGAAGCAGGCUAGUAAGGUUCUGCAGAUGCCAACUGGGCGAGGCGCAGCUCCUCUUGCUGAUACUCGUGUUCAAUUUCACCUGGAUCAGAUACAUCUGCUGGUGGUUCACGAAACACAGAUUGCCAUAUAUGAAGCUCCUAAACUAGAUUGCCUCAAGCAGUGGGUUACUCGAGAAGCUAGUGGUCCAAUCACACAUGCUACAUAUUCAUGCGAUGGCCAAUCAAUAUAUGUGAGUUUUGAAGACGGAAGCAUCGGUGUUCUUACUGCUUCUACCCUCAGAUUUAGAUGUCGUAUAAAUCCUGCUGCUUAUAUCCCUCCAAACCCCAGCUUGAGAGUCUACCCGUUAGUCAUUGCAGCACAUCCGUCCGAACCUAACCAGUUUGCACUAGGGCUUACCGAUGGCAGCGUCUAUGUGCUCGAGCCAUUGGAAUCUGAAGGCAAGUGGGGUACUUCUCCUCCUGUUGAAAAUGGUGCUGGGCCAAGCACGACCUCUGGUGCGACUGCUUCAGAGCAACCCCAAAGGUAGUGCAGGCCAUGUCUCCCCCUGUGGAACUUUGAGCAUUAAAAUGCUGAACUGGCUUUCCUUCUCCGCACUCGAUUCAAGUUUUGAGGGAUGCUGCAGAGGGUCGAUUUUACAGCCUCCGGGUACUUCCUCUGGAAACGUAGUUCAGUAAAGUCUGUCUUAAGUGGCACAAUUAGCAUCCUAAUCGACUUCUGCUCAAGUCUUGCGGCGAUAAUUUGUUUUAUUAUAUUCAUUUAGGCUGACUGAAAGUGAAGAAAAGAAGAACAUGAGAUUAGGGUGUUGCGUAGAAGGCGUUGUAUAUUCGAGAUGGAGGCAGGUUUAUCUGAUUUUUAGUUAGCAAGCUAAAGGACCAGAGGAACAGGGUUUAGUUCUCUUAGGUGGCUUCUUUUCUUGUUCCUUCUGCGUUAUGCUGAAAAUACUUACUUUUAUUUAUUUUAUUUAUUCUUUUCAAUUUGCGUAAA